GUCACAGAAAAGGAAACCACGCCUACUUUCCCCCUCAGGACGCGCCGCCAUUUUGGAUCCGCCGCCGCUCCCUGAGGUGAUGCCAGACCUUGCCAAAGACCCCCCAGAUUUGGGGUCUCUCCAGGAGCUGCGGGCUGCCCUGGAGGGGGCGCUGCUGCGCUGCCCGGCUGAGGCCGAGCCCCCCGAGCUGGGCCCGGUGCUGCGGCUGCCGCUGCCCCCGACCCAGAAACUCAAACACCUGCAGGGGAACCAGAUCCUGAGGGACAACCUGGAAUGGACCCCCCAGGGUCUCCCCCUGGGGCUGCAAUUUUGGGAAUUUCUGGGUGGAUUUUUUAGGGAUUUUGGGACCCCCCAGGGUCUCCCCCUGGGGCUGCAGCAGCUGCGGACGGCGCUGAACAUUCUAGAAAAGUACGGCCGGAACCUUCUGAGCCCCCGCCCCCCCUCGCCACUGGAGGGGGGUUCGUUUUGGCAACCCCGUCUUCAAAUCCACCGUCGGAGCCAUCCAGGGCGGCCGGGCCGUGCUGAAGCUCCUGGGCUACAACGGAGGAGUCGGGGGAGGGGCUGAGCUUCCCCCCUCCCCCCCACGGGCCCCACCCCCCCCUGGUGGCCGCCGUCACCGCCGACGUCCUGGUGCUGCGGGCUGAGCUGGACCUGCUCUUACUGAACCAACACCCGAACCCCCAGUUCUUCACCCAGAUCUUACUGGGAGAGGAUGAGUGGCCGCUGCUGUCGGAGGCUCUCCCUGCUCGGGCCCCGCUCCUCCCGGCCGGUGUGCGAGAGACCCCGGCUGGCACGGAGACCCCAGGCAAGCCCCGCCCCCUCCCAGCUCUGGCCCUGCCCCCGCUGCACCUUCCUGAACAGAGGCCACGCCCCCGAGUGCGAGAUGUGCGGUGCUGACCACGCCCCUUUAGAUGACGUCACUUUGGGAGUGACCACGCCCACCCAUGGGGUUGUUGGUGUCACUUCCGGGUCCGACUCCGCCUCUUCCGGUGGAAUUUCAACAACUUCCGGGUCUGGCUCUGCCUCUUCCGGUGUUGCUAACUCCACUUCCGGGUCUGCUGAUGCCACUUCCGGUUUGACAAAACCGACUUCCGGUGCCGGCAAUUCCACUUCCGGUAUUGCCACAUCAUCCUCUGGCAUCACAAAAGCCACUUCCGGUGCUGGCGAUUCCACUUCCGGUGUUCAACAUUCUACUUCCGGUGUUGGAAAAGCCACUUCCGGUGUUGAGGAUUCGACCGGUGGUGUUGCAAGCGGCACUUCCGGGUGUGCUGAGCUCACUUCCGGGUGCGGCCCCGCCCCUUCCCGUGAUGCUUUGCGGCAGCGGAAGCUUCUGGAGGACGGGCGGCGCCUGGUGGAGCUGGUCAGGGCCGCCGAAUCCCAGGGGCUCCCCCCGGAAUCCCUUGGCCCCGCCCCUUUCUCCGACCUUCCGGAAGCUUCCGGCCCCGCCCCCAGCCCCGAAUCCCAAAUCCGGCACUUCCGGAGCCGCCUCGGGGGGGUCCUCAAGGCCCUCGUGGGGGCGGGGCUUGAGGAAGAAGAGGGCGGGGCCUCCCUGGGGCCGUUCUCAUUGGCCGAAGCUGCCUGGGCGUGGCUGGAGGGGGAGGGGCAGCUGGAGCGGGCUCGCCGUGCUCUGAUUGGCCGGAGGAAGCAGCAGCUCCGCCUCCUGGCCAGCCUGGGGUUCCCCGAGGCCGCCCCCGUGGCGGCGGCGCUGCAGCGGCAGCGGGGCAGCCACUGGGGGGCGCUGUGCGAGCUGCAGCGGCUCAGGCUCCGCCCCUUCCGCCUACGUCAGCAGCAGGGGGCGGAGCCAGGGCUGGACUUCAAUCAGCCCGACCAGCAGGCCCUGGUCCGUCAGAUCCUGGCCACCCUGCCCGUGGCCAGCUGGGGCCGGGCCUUGCUGGUGGCCAGCCUGGGCCGCGAGCUGGGCCUGGGGCUGCUGCCGGCUCCCAGUAAGGAGCCCUUACUGGUGGAACUGGUGGAGGCGGUGGGGUCCUGCCCGGACAGGGCUGCCCUGCGCAGGCGCCUGCGCUGCGAGUGCGCCGUCUGCGGCUGGGGGCUGCCCCGGCAACUGAUGCAGUGGCUGCCGGGCUGCUCGUGCCCGCUGUGCCCCGAGUGCUUCCGGCUGCACUUCACGGUGGGCUGAGGGAGAGGGGGGUGGGCGCCCUGGGCUGCCCAGCUGCGGCCGGCCCGACCUGCGCGACGACGCCCAGCGCCUCUGGUACUGGUCCACGCUGGAGCCCGCGCUGCGGCGCUGUCUGGACCCCGACACCUUCGGCCUGGUGACCCGGAAGUUGACGGAGCUGGAGCUGCUGAGGGACCCCCAGUUCCUGUGGUGCCCCCAUUGCUCCUUCGGGUUCAUCUUCGAGGCCGAGCGGGGCCCGGCCCCAGUGUCCCCAGUGCCGCCAGUGCUGCUGCCCCCGCUGCCAGCUCCCGUGGGAGCCACGGCACGCCUCGAUGUCCUGCGCAGAGUUCGGGGCCUGGCUGCGCUCCAGGGACCCCCCGGGACCCCCCCAGGGGCUGGGGGCUUUCCUGGGGGACACCGGCAUCGGUGAGGAGCCACGGACUGGG